AUGCCGAAUACCCCGGAUUGGGUCAAGAAGCUCCAGCCCUCUGGGCCCCAGGGCACAGAGCUCCUGGCUCAGGAGAGGGCAAAGUCCAACCUCAAUGUCGACCAGCUCGCCACUUUCAUGUUCACCAACGAGGCUCUCGAGCGUAACGAGAGGAUACUGAACAUCCUCAAGGCCGAUCCCGUUUUCGACAAGACGCAAAACUACUUCCGAGGCCGCGAGAGCCGCAUUGAGGCUUCGCUGGCAAGAGGAAAGAGGCUAUUCCAAUUGAACAAGCAGCACAACUGGUCCCGCGACGAAUACCAGGUUGCCAAUGAGCUCAUCAGCGAGCCCACGCCUUAUGGCCUGCACGCCAGCAUGUUCCUCGUUACCCUCCGCGAGCAGGGUACUCCGGAGCAGCACAAGAUUUUCCUCGAGCCUGCCGAAAACUACGAGAUCAUCGGAUGCUAUGCUCAGACCGAGCUCGGCCAUGGCUCCAACGUCCGCGGCUUGGAGACAACGGCAACAUGGGACCCUGCCGACAAGACCUUUGUCAUGCAUUCCCCCCACCUGACAGCCUCCAAAUGGUGGAUUGGCUCUCUCGGAAAGAUGGCUACCCACGCUGUGGUCAUGGCCCAGCUAAUCAUCAACGGCAAAGCCCUCGGCCCUCACCCAUUCGUUGUUCCUAUUAGGGACAAGAACAGCCACGAGCCUCUACCGAAUGUGCACGUCGGCGAUAUCGGCCCCAAGUUUGGCUACAACACAAUGGAUAAUGGAUUUCUGUUGCUGAACAACGUCAAGAUCCCACACAACCACAUGCUUGCCCGCUUCUCGUCCGUCGACCCGCAGACAAGCAAGUACAGUAGGCCCGCGAACCCAUCUCUGGUUUAUGGCACUCUCACUUGGGUGCGCUCGAACAUCGUUCUCCAAGCAGGCUCCGUUCUGGCUAAAGGCGUUACCAUUGCCACCCGCUACUGUGCUGUUCGCCGGCAAUUCCAAGACCGAGACGCACCUGCGAACGAACCUGGUGAGAACCAGGUCCUCAACUACACCAUGGUACAGAUCCGACUGCUGCCACUUCUCGCCGCGACAUUCGCGCUGCACUUCACCGGUCGCGGUAUGAUCAACUUGUACAACGAAAACCAGAAGCGCAUGAAGGCCGAUGCCGGCAAGCUCAGCGAUUCUACCCGCAACCCGGGCCCUGAAGAGCUGAACCCCGGAACGGAUUUGCUUGCCGACCUGCAUGCCACAUCUUGUGCCCUGAAGGCAUAUGGCUCAACCGUUGCGGGCGAGGGCCUCGAAGUCUGCCGUCGUGCCUGUGGCGGUCACGGCUACUCAUCUUUCAGCGGCAUCGGCAGCUGGUACGCUGACUAUCUCCCAACACUGACCUGGGAGGGCGACAACUACAUGCUCACGCAGCAAGUGUCUCGUUACUUGCUGAAGUCAGCACGUGCGGUACUCAAGGGUAAGCCUGGAAACAACGAUACCACAAGAAUCCUUACCGAGUUCCUGCGCCGCCGCGACAUCGGUGCGGCUUUCGACGUGCUAGGCUCUGACGAGGACCUGGUCUCAGCAUUUGCCUGGCGUGUCUCGUUCCUCACUUUCGAGGCUCUUCGCCACAGAGAUGAGGACAAGCAAUCCUGGAACAGUUUGCUCGUUGACUUCUGGCGCCUUAGCACCGCACACGCUCAGUACAUGGUGGUUAAGAACUUUCACCAGGCGCUUAACGACAAGUCUACUACCGAUCAGCUGGACAAGGAUACCGUUGGGCUUCUGCACAAGCUGUUCAGAUUGUAUGCCCUGACAACCCUCGAGCGUGAGGCGAGUGAGUUCUACAGCUCGGCGGCUGUGACCGUCCGCCAGAUCACCCUUGCGAGAACCAAGGCUGUAAUGACCUUGCUUGAGGAGAUCAGACCUCAUGCCGUGCGGUUGGUCGACGCGUGGAAGUUCGACGAUUGGGUACUUGACAGCAGUCUUGGCAGAUUUGAUGGAAAGGUUUACGAGGACAUGUUCAAACGGGCCAGCGAGGAUAACCCGUUGAACAGCGUCACCUUUGACCCUUACCCGAACAGCAAGGUGCUGUUCAAGAAGGACGAGAGAAAGAACCUGAGAAGCAAGUUGUAA